AGUCUAUUAAAACCAAAAUACAAUUCAGAUUUUUCUCAAUAUAGGUUAAAGCUAUAUCAAAAUUGAAAGUGUAAAAUUGUCAACCAUUUGCUUAUAGAAAUAAAAUUAAAUUUCAAUAGAUUAUCUUCAUUUUAAUUUUGGAUAGAAAUUCAAAAUCUGUAGUAAAGAUGGCGGAGAAUAUUUGUACAGUAUUUGAUAGGGGGUGCUUCCACUGUGCAAAAUCGCAAAAACCUGGAAAUGAAAAUAGAAAAACUCGUGUCUCAAAAAUGGUCUAUCACUACCCACAGAUCGGCAGUCUUCUUAUUCAGGAAACUACAACUCAGGUGGAGAAAAUUCCUAAGGAAUUUCCGAAGAAAGUUAUCAAAACUGAUAAACCAGUUGAGGUAUCAACAGUGGGCAAACAAACUCCCAACUUCGACCUUGAGCAUGAACAGCCGGUGAAGUUGAAGCACUGUUGGUCUGGAAUCACAUUCAUCGAAGAAAAGUAUGCAAGGGAAAGAGAGAAUGCAUAUAAUGCGAAUCUCAAAAUUGUUCUGGCCAAUAGGAGACGCUGGACUAGAAUGCAACGAUCUAUUGAAAGACAAAUUCGAAGCAGACAGAUGAAAAUUUGUGGACCCGAAUGGUAUCAAGAUUUGUCAUAUAAGCAGCUAUCACUCCUUGAAGCGUUCCCUGAUGUACUUAAAAGGGACACCGAAGAAAAAUCAGUUUCUAAUACAAGGAAAUUUCUAAAAGACUUGGGUAUUAUGCCAUUGCCGGAUAACGAAUUCCUUCAAGAACUACUGGAAAAAUGCAAACGGGACCCUCUGUACUAUUUUGAUCAGAUAAGAAAAGAUAUACGUUACCGAGAGAAUCAACGACUUCAAGCCUUACGAGGGGAAAAAGAGCCUAUUAGUGAUGUUGAAAUAGCCAAGAGGAAAUAUUCGGUGAGCGAGAGAAUAUUGCUAUCGGCAAUGUUCACCAUCCACUUACCGCUCUUAUUAUUCAAGCUUCACCUUAUCCUCCCACAAGUCACCACAAAAUCAAAAACUGAGGUCAACAUUUUGUCACCUUUACCAAGUGAAAUGGUGUCAUCUCUACCCGAGCCUAAAAAGAAAUGGUUCAAAUCUCGAAAACCAGAUGCCAUUAGCUUUGACGCUAUUGAUGAGUCAUUUGGAAUAGCAGAACCGAAAACUGUAAAAGAUGAUCAACUAUCCAACGAUCAGGAAUCUUUAUGUGACUCUACAGAUGACUUCAAAUGCAAACAGAAAACUCCUUCAUCGUUAUCUGAUCUGGAAAUGACUGCCAAGUUAGUUGAUGUCUCAGUUCAGACAGACAUACAUGAUACUGAGACUACCACCCAUCCUACCCAAAGCGACCUGAACGUAAAAGAUGGCAAAAUACCUGAAAAACUCGAUUUGUCCAAUCUAGAAAAGAAAAAAACAAGUGUAACAGGAUUUGUUUCGAUAAAAGAAAAUGAAGAUAUGGAUAAUAUUUCUGCAAGCAAGGGAAGCUCGUCAGUUGAAGGAAGUGAUAACAUCAAAAAUGAAAACGAACAACUAGAGGAAAUCUCUCUGAAUCCUCACACGGAUUACGAGAAAGUCAUAGCUAUAAUGAUGGCGUCGAUAGUAAGAGUUCCAACUGAUACAGAAAGCGAGAAGAGAGACAAAAUAAAAGAAUGUCUGGAAACUUACAACAUCGAAGGGCUUUAUGAGAUAUUCGGUAUUGAUACUCAACAGAAAAUUAAUGGCAAUAAGGAAGAAACUGGUGGAAAGGGCCGGGCUAAUCAUAUAGAAACGCCAAGCGUGCUGGCAACGGGGAGUGAACAGACUCCGCCAGGCUUCGAAAGCAAUGUGGAAUCGACGGCGAGUGAGACAAAGCUGGCUUCCACUGAAACGGGGCUCGAGAAACUCAUUGCUCAACUUAGAGAAGCAAUUCUGCAACAGCCGAAGAAGAAGCAGCUCAAGUAUGCACUCUCCAUCCUUGCGAAUGCGGGGGACCCACUGGCUUCUUUCCCAGACAUACAAAAAUGUCAGCCCAUAAUACGGUGGUAUGAAAUAAGAACUGGACUUAAGAAGAAAUUGAAUGACAGUGAUAGAGAAAAACUCCUGGGAAACAGUAGAAAAGCUUGGAGUGUUCUCAUGUCAAAUAGAAGUUGUCUUUCAACACAAAAGAUUCCACGCUGCAUACUGACAAGCAAGCAAUUGGCCAGCUACACGUGGGAUAGGAAGAAAUGGGCCAUGAAUAAGAUUAACACUGCCUUGAACAAUCAUAAACGAAACAUUCGUCAAGCGAUGGUGGAUGAUGCUCGAAUUCUGUACAGCACAAUGGAUGAUUUUCAUUACGAUUCAAAACUCAAUACGAACAUUCGGAAAACAUUCUUCACUUAUCUGCCUUCGGCUGAGACUGAGAUUUAUGUCUAAAUUUCUUCAAAGCCAAUAACUUGAACUUGUCAUAAUGGAUGAGAUACCUUUUUGUCAUUGUUACCAGUUUCAUAGUAUUAUGCGUAACAAUAAUAACCUCUAUUAGCCAAUCUAAGAACAAUAUUUUAGGAUAUUUUUUCAUGGAAAUAGGUUCAUUAUAUACCUCUUAGACCUAUAUUUUUGUUGAAUUUUAGUUUAAAAAUUGAUUAAAAAAUAGCAAUGUUAGAGUAUGUUUUUUUUCGAGCAUGGUGACCAUGGUCUUUUUC